GCUGCGCCCGGACCACAGCCCCGCAAUCGCUCGGGAUGGAGCCCUCGCCGCGGUCUCCGCCGCCUUCCAUGGAAACGGGGCGCAGGGAGGACGAGGCAUCGCAGGCGGCCAGGGAGCGGAUCCCCAGGAUCGAUCCAUAUGGAUUUGAAAGGCCUGCAGAUUUUGAUUAUGCCUCUUAUGAAGAAUUUUUUUCCACCUAUUUGAGGAUACUAACUACAAGAGCAAUCAAGUGGUCAAAGCUUUUGAAGGGAAAAAGUAGUGUCCAGAAAAGUAUGAAAGUAAAGCGCUACAUAAGGAAAGGUGUCCCCAAUGAACACCGAGCAUUCGUCUGGAUGGCCACAAGUGGAGCCCAGGCACAGAUGGACCAGAACCCAGGAUAUUAUCGAAAGCUACUGGAAGGAGAAAGAAAUGCCAAAUUGGUGGAGGCAAUCAAGACAGACAUGAACAGAACAUUUCCAGAUAAUGUAAAAUUCAGACGGACUGCUGAUCCCUGCUUACAACAUACCCUGUACAAUGUAUUGGUAGCAUACGGACAUCAUAAUCAAGGUGUAGGAUAUUGUCAGGGAAUGAAUUUCCUGGCGGGAUAUCUGCUUCUCAUUACAAAGAAUGAAGAGCAGUCCUUUUGGUUGCUGGAUGCUCUUGUGGGAAGAAUAUUACCUGAUUACUAUAGCCCUGCAAUGAUGGGUCUGAAAACAGAUCAGGAAGUUCUUGGUGAGCUUGUGAAAAUGAAAAUCCCAGCUGUGGCAAACUUAAUGGACCGACAUAAUGUCAUGUGGACCUUAGUUGUCUCCCGUUGGUUUAUUUGUUUAUUUAUUGAUAUCCUCCCAGUAGAGACGGUACUCCGAAUUUGGGAUUGUUUAUUCUAUGAGGGUUCAAAAGUUAUCUUUCGUGUGGCCUUAACAUUAAUUAAACAACACCAAUCCUCUAUUUUGGAAGCCACUAAUUUCCCAGACGUAUGUGAAAAAUUUAAGCAGGUCACAAAGGGGCCAUUUGUCACUGAAUGUCAUACAUUCAUGCAGAAAAUAUUUACAGAACCUGGAAGUUUGUCCACAGCCACCAUCACCAAGCUUCGAAAGAGCUGUAGAGAAAAGCUACUUGCUCAGGGAUAAACCAACCAUCUCUUCAACUCCACAUUCCUCCUGCACUUGCACUGGCUUAGAGCUGUCUCUUCCACAGUGGAUCUGACCAAGUUUUCACUGCUUUUGUGGGUAUAAAUAUAAAAAAUAUAAAACUCUCUCACUAAACUUUGAUAAUGAUUUUUUUAAGUGAUUAAAAAAUCAUGUCAUUCUGUUUUCCACUUAGAAUGUGAGCUUACACGUUAAUUUCUGAAGAGAAAUAUUUUUAUCUGGGGCAUUAAUUAUAAUAAUAUGAAAUUAAAAUAUCUGUACACAUUGUAUAAGUAUUUGUACCUGA